AUUUGUUUGUCCAAAGCACUGGCAGACAUGGACAUGGCAGACUACAGCGAGGCUCUGGACCCAGCGUAUACCACACUGGAGUUUGAAAACAUGCAAAUGCUCCCCUUGGGCACAGACUCCUCACCGACUGAGAGCGCCAACAUGAAUGCUACCAGCCACCUCGGGGCUGGCAGCCUGUGUGCCAUAUGUGGAGACAGAGCCACUGGCAAACACUACGGGGCCUCCAGCUGUGACGGCUGCAAGGGCUUCUUCAGACGCAGCGUCCGCAAAAACCACAUGUACUCGUGCAGGUUCAACAGACAAUGCAUUGUGGACAAAGACAAGCGAAAUCAAUGCAGAUACUGCAGACUGAAGAAAUGCUUCAGAGCCGGCAUGAAGAAAGAAGCUGUGCAAAAUGAAAGAGACAGAAUCAGCACCAGGAGAUCCAGCUAUGAAGACAGCAGUUUACCCUCCAUCAAUGCACUCAUCCAGGCAGACGUGCUGUCAAGACAGAUCACCUCCCCUGCUCCUAUACUGAACAGCGACAUAAGGACUAAAAAGAUCGCCGCCAUCACGGAUGUGUGUGAGUCCAUGAAACAGCAGUUGUUGGUCUUGGUGGAGUGGGCCAAGUACAUCCCAGCCUUCUGUGACCUGCCCCUGGAUGACCAGGUGGCGUUGCUGCGAGCGCAUGCUGGAGAGCACCUCUUGCUUGGCGUUGCGAAGAGGUCGAUGCUUUAUAAAGACAUCCUCUUAUUAGGAAAUGACCACAUCAUUCCCAGAAACUGCCCGGAGUUGGAGGUUGGCAGGGUGGCGGUGAGAAUCCUGGAUGAACUGGUGCUUCCCUUCCAGGAGCUUCAGAUAGACGACAAUGAAUAUGCCUGCUUGAAAGCCAUAGUUUUCUUUGACCCAGAUGCUAAAGGUCUGAGUGACCCUGGAAAAAUCAAGCGGAUGCGAUACCAGGUCCAGGUCAGCCUGGAAGACUACAUCAACGAUAGGCAGUACGACUCCCGGGGACGCUUCGGGGAGUUGCUCCUGCUGCUGCCGACGCUACAGAGCAUCACCUGGCAAAUGAUCGAACAGAUCCAGUUUGUCAAACUCUUCGGCAUGGCCAAGAUCGACAACCUGCUACAGGAAAUGCUUCUCGGAGGUUCUGCCAAUGAGGCUCCGCACGCACCUCACUCUCUGCACCCUCACCUGGUUCAAGAGCACCUCAGCAGCAAUGUUAUAGUGACCAGCAACAUCCCAACCCCGAUCCAUAACGGUCAAAUCUCCACUCCUGAAACCCCAAUCCCAUCUCCGCCUACUGCCUCCAGUGCAGAACAUUAUAAACUGGCUCAGGGGGUCAUAGCCACCGUGCCCAAGCAGCCAACCUCCAUCCCUCAGCCUACUAUUACAAAGCAAGAGUCCAUCUAA